UUCGAUGCUACCCGAUGACCCACCACAUCCUAAUAUAUUGCCUGUUUUUACCUACUUUUUAUCAAACACUAGCUUUAAUCUUUUUAUUCAUUUCUUACCUAUUGCCUUUCUGCCUAGAAUGGUGACUACCUAAGAAAAGGACUGUCUCUGUGACAGCUCAGUAAACACUGAAUGAAUGAAUGAAUGAAUGAAUGAAUGAAUGAAUCCACCAAGACUUGACAUGGAGGGCUCGGUAUGUGGCUCAGUUGACAAAGCACUUACCUAGCAUGCAGGAGGUUUAGCCCCCAGCACCUCAGCACACAUGUGCCUACACUCAUACACAUAACACACACACACACACACACACACACACACAUACACACAUUAAUAAUAAAUGUUUUUUAAUUGAAAAAGUUCAAGGCAAGUAUCCCAUACACAAGAGACCCCAUGUAAAAUUAAUAACUCUUAAUAAGUCUAGAUGUGAACUCCAAACUAAAAACAGUCUCUUAUACUCAAAUCUAAACUGGCCAUUACAUCAUCGAUAAGGGGAGAAGCCUCAGUGGCAGUUAAGAGCAUCAAUUACACCUUCAGAAGACCUGGGUUCAAUUCUCAGCACACACACAUGAGGGCUGGCAACUCCAAUUCCAGGGAUCCCAUGUCCUCUUCUGGUCUCCAAGGUAUUGAACACACGUGGUGAAGAUUUGCAUGCACACAAAACACACAUAUAAAAUGAAGUUUAAAAACCUAAUAAUAGGGCCAGCGAAAUAGCUCCGUGGGUAAAGGUGCUUGCUGUGCAAGCCUGGGGACCUGAGUUCGCUUCCUGGGCCCAGGUUCUGCUCAUCUCUACACCUGCGCCGCGGCAUGCAUACGUGUACACACACAAUAAUCAUAAACAAAAAGUAAUAAUCAACUGUACUGAAUCUGUUUUAAAGAGAUACCGGGUGAAAACUGAAAAACCAAUGAAUUCAAGAUAAUUGCCACCGCACUUGGGAAAAGUAGAUCCCUAACAGGAAAGACCACCCCCUUCCUCUUAGAGUGUGAAGAUUCCGUUUUUUUAAGGAAAAGGCGCUCUGAAUCCAAUUGGACUAAAGUGUGUGUGUGUGUGUGUGUGUGUGUGUGUGUGUGUGUGUGUGUGUGUGUGUGUGUGUGUGUGUGUGUGUGUGUGUGUGUGUGUGUGUGUGUGUGUGUGUGUGCGUGCGCGCGCGCGCCUUUAAAAGGCGGGCUAAAAUGAAACAGGGGAGGCGUGGCCACAAGCCAAGUCCUUAGUUUUUGAACCACGUGUUACAUGGGGAAGUCCGGCCUCUUCUGUUUACGUUACCUGGCAAGAUGGCGGCGCCCAGAGCGUUUCUGCACCUGGGUGCCCGAGAAUGGCAUGGGAGAGCCAGGGGCACCCACAGCAUGAGUGGGUUGGCGACCCCAGACAGCAAUCGGGAGAAGAAAAGAACACUGCUGCAGUUCCUCUCAGACCACUUCCAUGACGUCCAGACUCUGAGAGAGUACUUGCUCCAGAAACAGAUCUCAAAAGUCAGCAUGGAGAAUCGAUCCUACAGGAAGAUCCAGGAGAGAUACGGCCCAUACAUCACAGGCCAGCCUCAGCCUCCCAAACACUGGGCUUUCAGGCAUGUGGUUGUGCCCACCUCAGCCCCAACUCUAAUGCUGAGCAAUAUCGGGCUUGUGGUGUCCUGUGUGAAGGGGUUUCAGGGCAGGGAUUGGAUCCGGCCAAAUGACCGUGGCCAUUCUAUUGCCGAGCUCCAGAAGGUGCCUGUGGAGGCUGUGGAUGCCAGUGGCUGUGCCAUCAACUACCAGGGCCUCAGUAACCUCUUGCCCCUGAAGGAGCUGCAGUUCCUGUCCCUUCAGCGCUGCCCCAACUUGGAUGACUGGUGCCUCAGCCGCCUCUACCUACUGGCUGGUUCACUGCAGGAGCUCUCUCUGGCUGGGUGCCCCAGAAUCUCAGAACGAGGCCUUGCCUGUCUCCACCACCUCCAGAACCUCCGCAGGCUGGACAUCUCAGACCUCCCUGCCGUGUCCCACCCAGGUCUUACUCAGAUCCUAGUGGAAGAGAUGUUGCCCCAUUGUGAGGUCCUUGGAGUUGAUUGGGCCAAGAGUCUGAAGCUGGGGCCAGACGAUCAACCUCCCGACACAUCUAGUCCUCUCUCUUCCUAGCCUGUGGCCUGGCUCUUGAAGAGUCUUUUGGGCUUUGUGGGGUGUCUGAAGUCUCUCAUACUCUGGCUUCUGGUGUAGUUCAUUCAGCACGGAGGAGCACGGGCAGAUAAGAAGACUGAAUCAAGAUGGACUCAUAGCUGCAUGCAGCUCCAUAUUUUCCCAUUAUCCCUGUUUGUCAAGAUUUCGCCCACUCUCCCCAUACAUGUUGACAAACUAACAUGAGACAGUGGUAGUUCUUCCCGCUGCCUACACUGGCUAAAGACCAGCAGCACCCAAGCCCCAUGACAUUACCCACUGAUUUACUGACUUGCACCUUCAAAUGUGGGUGUCCAAGUGUGUCUGCCUACCCACCCCGAAAUGGAGAUGAGAAAAUAUUCUCUUCAUCUGGCACAACAGAUUUGGUCAGUAGAGGGCGCUGGAGAGAAUCCAAAGUGAAGAGGACUGCAGGGACGGAAAGUGUACAGCGUGUAGCAGGGCAGUUCCCCAGCACCCAGACUGCUGGGUGGCCAGCAGCUUCCCCUGGCACCCCUGUUACCAGUGGCUCUGUCAUGACUCCAAUACACCACUGAAAUGUGUGGUUCUUUAAAUUUCCGCUAUCACAUUACCCCCUGGCUUUCCCUCCCAGCUGGAUCCAGAUGGCCCCAGAUGCAAAGUUCUGGGGAUAAAGAGUCAAGAUGGGUCUGGGAGGUCUGGGUCUUCAUGCAUGGGCACAGCAGUAAGUUCCUUGCUGAAAAAAUAAACACAGGAUGCCAUAAAUCCUGUCAUGCAGGGCAUCCCAGACGACCUGUGGUGGAUGCCAAGCUGCCAACUGCAGCAUGUGCCGGCCAACAGCUGUGGCUGAAGAGAUGGCUUUGGGUGCUGGCAUUUUGAGGAGGGGUGCAUGUGUCAGAGCUCCCGUGAUAACCCCAGAAGCUCAUUCAUGGAAUGGAGUCGGACUCAUAAUCAGGCCUUGUCCCUUGUCCCCACCCAUUUCAAGGCUAUUUUGCCAAUACCAAGGAACCACCAGAACCAUCCUAGUGAUAGCCUUGACUGGGCCCCGGCUUUGAAAGGAAUGCCCAUUAUUAAAGAUUUAUUUGUUCA